AUGCCGCUGACUCGCUCGCAUAUCCACCCAGGGGUGGUCUUCUAUCCACCCCCGUCCUACGAGCCCCUGAAACAACAGCUCGAGGGCCUGGGCUAUGAGUGCUACCUGCCCCACCUCCGCACGUCCGGCGGCGACGAGGUCCGCGGCCAGACGUGGGAGUCGGACGUGCAGGUGAUCCUCGACACGGCGCAGCCGCUCUUCGACCGCGGCCGGGAGGUCGUCAUAGUGGCCCACUCGUACGGCGGCGUCCCGGGCGGCGCGGCGACGGCCGGCAACGGGGUCGCGGACCGGGCGCGCGAGGGCAAGGCCGGCGGGUUCAGGCAGAUCAUCUAUGUUGCUGCGUUUGCGAUCCCCGCGGCGGGUAUGGACCUGUUUGCCGUUUUCGGGGGCCAGUGGCCGCCGUGGGCUGACUUUGCGCCGGCCUACUCAAAGAACCACGCCAUCAAACUCAAGGAGGACGCCAAGCAGGUGCUGUUCGGCGACGUGCAGGGCAGCCCCGAGGAGCUGGCGAGGUACUGGGACGGCGUCGUGACGCACUCUCAGGACGCCUUCGAGGUCCCCAUCACGUUUAGCGCGGCCGACAUCACCAUCCCUAAAAGCUAUCUCGUGUGCACGCAGGACCAGUGCGUGCCGGGUCCGCUUCAGGAGCAGCUCGCGGAGUCGCUGGGCUUCAAGGCGGAGCGCAUCGACGCCGGCCAUUUCCCUUUCCUGAGCCAGCCUGACAAGUGCCUGGAGAUACUCAACAAAAUGAUUCUCUAG